AUGCAACCUAGUAAAUCAAAAUCAAGAACUUUGAUGUCUUUCUUUUCACCAUCUUCAGCAAAAAAACAAAGAUUAAUUAAUCAAGAGUUACACCACUCAUCCACAUCUACGGAAACAUCAACAGAACUUGUUUUGUCAGAAGAAACAAAUUUGCAUCGACUUGAUGCAAGUACCAAUCUGCAUGAUAGUGCAACUGCUAUACAUAAUAAAUCCAUUUCAAGAAAUUCUACGACUCAUGCUUGUUUGAGCGAUAUUUGUUUAUUGGCUAUCGAACUUGAUCUCGAUAUCCAUUUUGAACAGCUUAUUGAUACUUUUUCAGAUAUUCAUAAAAAUAGUCGCAUUAUACUCAAAUAA